GUAUUCGAACUAACGUGAUCGCGACCCUUCAUUGGGAAACAUGGUUUGAACCACUGCUAUCAAUAGGAACUACUCGGUUUUACAUUGGUGGGGAUGGAACGAAUCUGCUCGGGAAUCGUUUACAUUCUUCAAUGGUGGGUGUUAGCGGUUGUUUACCCAGAUACUCCUUUUGGAAGGUCAGAGGGUCUGUUGGAGACUGCGGGCUCUUGCUUGUCGUCUACGCGCUGUCUGAUCCAGGAAGUUAUAUAAGUGCCGCAGCUGACAAAUCAUGGGAAUAGAAUCUCAAUUGAUGCACGAGUGUGUGAGUGCUGACGACCUGAGAGAAUUGGUGUAGCUGCUGCUGCGACCAUUUGCUGAGCUUCCGAACUCUGAACUGAUUGCAAGUAGCGCGCAAGUGUCGAAGAGGGGUAGUUGAUUUGAGAAUUCUCAAUCGGAAGCUUGGGAGGGUUUGGAAAUCAUGGUCCAGCUGCGACGAAACUCUAUUGCUUACUGCAUUUGUGUCCAGUUCUGAGCGAAAUUCCGAAGCGUUGUGUGGGUUAUCAUUCCAUUGAGAGAAUCUGAACAUCCGCGUCCAUUCUGUGAAAUCUGGACGAACGGCGUGUAGUUCUAGUAAUUGAGGGGUACGAUCGGCUUGCGUUGUCCUUAAACCAAAUUUUUAGAUUGGCAGUUGUGGCGACAAUAGUGAGUCGGAAAUAGUGAAAUUGCUGAGAAUUGAAGUUAGUCUCUUGUCUUCAUCCAACAUAUUUGGCACAAUGGCUGCAAUUCCAUCAAUUCGUACAUAUGGGAUGCCUAAUUCGCAAACAAGCUCAACAGUUAAACAAGACAGGAUUGAAUUCGGCGGAUCCUUCAUACACCGAGGCAUCACUCGCGCUCCUGCCCGUACCUUCUUCAAAAUUGAUCCAAUUAAGUCCCAAGUUUUUGGAAGAAAACCCACCAAGACCACAAAUAGAAUAGAAAAACCUCGAUACGCUGUCGGGUGUAGAGCAGCUCGAGACGAUUAUGGCAACUGCAAGUGUAUCGAGGAUGCCGUGACGCUAAUUGUGACAGACGCCUUACAACACUGUCUGGGAACGGAGAACGAUGCCAUGCGACAGAAAGUAAUCAACCAGAUGGGAAAGGGCUUGGCAGCCCUUAUUCGAGUGUCCACAGCAGUUGCAGCUGAAUCAACCGCACCAAUUCAAAUGGCAAUUCCGGAGUUCUCAACCAUUGCGGAGGACGAUCUCGAGCAGGUUCAGAGAAUGCUCAAGCUAACGUCUUUGCCGUUCCAGAGCACUUACGACCAUGACCUCAAUCACCUUAUGGAGAUCCUUCAGACCAGUGACAGGCAAGGGAGAAAGUUAAGAGCGAGUGAUUUGUCUCAGAUCUGUGAACGACUUGCCUCUGACAUGGUUCAGUGCUUGGGCCCUUUAGCAAUGUGUUUCAGCCAGCUCCCACUUUGGGCCAAGCACCGAGCUCUACUGCUACCCGCACAAAUGGCGAGUAGUGUGGCAUUCAACUUGCUUGCCGGUCCAGAUUCGAGGUGAAUGUCAUACAAGUUACCACAGGGUACGCGUCAACUGUACACAUUUAUAUGAGCAUUGAAGACAGAGAAUGACCCGCAAGACUGAUCACAAACAGAGCUAAGCGCUGCAGGAGCAUCGCCGAGGAACAUCGCCGAGGAUGUUGAAACUGUCAACAUGGAAAGAAGUGGUCAUUUCUGUGCUGUGGGAGGAAUUUUGUACAUGGCAACUAGUCCGAUCACCGAAGUAGUUCAAUCACUAAGUAUCAUUUUCCAAAACUGUUGGCUGAAAAGCAAAAUUCAGCCACAUGGACUUGAUUAAUGUUGGAAUGAAUUUAAAGCAUCGAUCAAAGCUUCGAAGACCUCCCAUCUGUAGCUUAUAAGUUACAAUGUAGCACACUAGAAUGCACAGCAGAACAAUUUCAACAAUUUUCAAGACAUACUGUUUCAAUCGAUCAUCACAAUUUCAUUGAAAA